CCACCAGAUGUUACAUUACCAAACGGGAUUCUUUUCCUGGGAUAACCGAAUGACAAUAUUAUUAGCUAACAGAUUGAAAUAGUCCAUUUAAUGCUACUUGCUGUCUAGGAUACUAGCUGUCAGGAUGCUCUUCUGGUUGUUCACAGUCUGCGCGUUAGGAUGGUGCAUGGUGCAGGCAGAUUACGACAUACUAUUGGAAGAUAUUGACUGUAGUCAAAUUAAUGAAGAAUAUAUAAAGUCAUGCGAUCUUGAACUAAACUAUGAUAGCACAUAUGGGGCUAGUCUGAACGUGUAUGUAGAGAUCAUUAAAACACUUCCUGAGGACACUAAGGUAACAGCCGACGUAUUUACGGUUCGAAUGGGUGAAUAUACGGUUGAUCUUGGGCUUCAUGUAGAUAAAAGUAUUUGUGAGAUUGUAGCGGAUUCAAAAUCUAUAAUGGUACCUAUGCUAAGAGCAAUCGACAUGGAUAACGAUAAUUGCCCUCCGGACCCGGGGGUUUACCAACUAGAAGACUACGUAAUUGACAACAUGGAUGGUUUACCGCCAUCACUUCCCGAUGGUCAUUAUUUAUUUAAUAUGACAUUAACAAACGAAGAUACCACCAUAGUGCACAUUGAUGUUUAUAUAAGAAUAUACUGAUCAAUUUUUCGAACCUAUAUUCGUAUAGAAUUUAAAAUAAUGUUUAAAAUAAAGAUUGACCAGCAAGCAUA